AUGAAUCAUCGAAUUUGCGUAAUUAUGCAAUGAGACAUUAUUAAAUGACAUAAGACUAAAAUUAAAUAAACAUUUCUAGUAGAACUCAAUUUUCUCGCAAAAGUAACAUAAAUUAAACAUAGAUAUUAUUGACAAAGAUGCAUGGGACUGUCGAACUAAUUUUAAAUAGUGCUUUAUUGUGGAUAUUUCUUGAAGCAACAUGGACUGUGUUAGUGAGCAUUUUAUACAGUUUCCGCAUACCUUGGAUUUUUUGGGGUUCUUUGAUCAUAUUGAUUGGAUUGAAACUAGUUCGAAUUCCACCUCCACAUGCAAGUAUUGUGAAUGAAGUACUUGGUGUGAAUCCCUUUUUCAUAGGAAAGGAAAUACAUACGACUGAGAACCAGGGUGAUGGAGAACGAUAUUGCAUGUCUGUUAUAGCUCAUCGUGGUGGAGGAUAUGAUUACCCCGAGAACAGCUUGUCAGCUUUUCAAAAUAGUAAAGAAAAAGGAUGUACUGCAAUUGAAUUUGAUUUAGUUCUUACAAAAGACAAUGUUCCAGUACUGUAUCAUGAUGUUACUAUUGAAAGACUUACAGGUCAAAAGGGUAUACUUAGUGAAAUGACCUGGGAUCAACUGAAGGAAUUAGAUAUCACAUUUAAUCAUCCACUUAGGAAUAAAUUUCCUAAAGGAGAAAAAAUUGCAUUGUUCAAAGAUGCUUUAGAAUUAUGCUUAAACAAUGAUCAACAUAUAAUCAUUGAUAUUAAAGAAAAAAGACUAGAUGUAAUACAGGUAGUAUUGGAUGCUUACAAAGAAAAUCCAAAUUUAUUUAAAAAAGCAAUUGUUUCAAGUUUUAAUCCUAUGAUUGUAUAUUUGAUUAGGAGAAAAGAACCACGCAUUGUAUCUAGUUUAGCUUGGAGACCAUAUUACCUUUCAAGGGAAUCUUAUUCAGGAAUAAAUGGACCAGGACCAUCACGCUCUACUAAUCCAUUUAAACAUUUGGCAGCUUGUAUAAUGGAAAUUCUAUAUGAAUGGGCAUUACCAAGUUUUGUUUAUUACAUUGUAGGGAUAUCUGCUAUUCUUUUACACAAAGAUAUAGUAAACUUGCGUGUUAUUGAACAAUGGCAUAAUCGUGGAAUUCGUGUGAUGGCAUGGACUGUCAAUUUGCCAUCAGAGAAAUUACACUUUUCUAGACUGUUUAAAAUUACAUAUUUGACAGACACGUUAUUAGCAGAAAAAGUAUAAUAUUUUAAUAUUUAUUCAAUAUUUAAUAAAAUGUAUUUAGUACCAAUAUUGUAUACUUACAAUUUGAUAAUUUUAGCACCGAGUGCAUAACAUUUGAUACUCUAGUCUAUUCAUCAAUUGAUGAAAACGAUUUUGUACACCAUUUUUUUAACUUAUCAUUGCAUUUUAACUUAAAACAGAAUUUAAUUCUAUAUGGUAAGACUGGGAAAUAUCAUCAGUGUUAUUUCAACGUUUUUUUUUUUUAAAUUAAAAUGACUUUUCUACAUUUUUAUAUUACAUAAAAUAAAACAUAGCUUCACAUAGUAUCAAAUAUAAAAAUUACUGUAAACGAUAUACAAAAGGCUUAUAUAUAUUAUAAUAUAUAUUAUACAAUUACAUUCAAGUGAUACCACCUUGUAUUUAAAUGCAUCUAAAUCAAAUUUAUAUUUAUUUACAAACAAAUACAAAUUUAUAUGUAUUUACAAUUUUUUGCAUGUUCCUUAAAAAGUUUUGUUAUUUUAUUUACUUUUAGAAACAAGAUGGUUACACUUUAUAUUUAUAUGAUUACAUUCUUAAUAAUCAAAAAUGGACGGAAAAUAAUAUAUUUAUUGUCAUACUUAACUUCUUAUUCUGGUCUUUGUUUAUAAAAUAAUCUUUGUAAAUUCUCAAACAAUAGUAGUAAGUUUAGUUUUACGAGAUUCCAUACCUUCAAUAAGAUCAGUUAAUAGAUCUUCCAUUUCUGUUGUUGCUCGCUUUAGUUUGCAAUUAUCAUUGACAACAUAAGACUCUGUAUGCAAUAAGAAUGCUUAUUAUUAUAAAAUAGUUAUAAGAUGUAAAAAAAAGUACAAGUAGAAAUAUAUAUAAUACAACAUU